UCUGAAAAGAUAGUUUUUAUGACUUUUACAUGCUUUUUUGUAUCUUUCACAGCAGGCUGAGGCAGCGAAACCAGCUGACUCAAAACCACCAUCCAGAAGUAUCAAAGAGUCUCGUUUUGGUAAGAACAGCUCCUUAUCAUCGGCCGGGCUAAUGACAACAGCUGCAUUUGCGAUGGCGUCACCUGCACCAUCAGUCGACCCACCUGCACCGCCAGAGGUCGCACCUGCACCGCUUGAUGUGGCAACUGCAUCGCCAGAGGGAAUAGGGAAGUCCGAGGUAGUUGGAAUAUCUGCUCCAAAGGAUGACAGCUGUGGAACUGGCUACAAACUAGUUGGCGGGGCUCUUAUCCGGUUGGCAAAAGAAAUUCAGUCCCAUCACUACGCCAUGGCGGCAUGUAAGGAGGAAGGAGCCACGCUGGCCAUGCCGAAAACAGAAGAACUGGACGUCGCUCUGAGAAACCUGGUCAAAACGGAAGGAGGCAACAAGGAUCACUGGAUCGGCUUGGAGGAGAGAGGGGAGACCUGCAGCUGGUAUUGGGUGGACGGGUCGAAGGUUGACAGCAACCAAUAUAAGGGAUGGUAUCCAGACCAGCCAAGCAACCCCCGAUAUUUUGGAUGUUUGGUUACUUGGUGUGGUCAGUACUGGUCAGGAGACACAGCCAGUCAUGAUCCCAUGUGGGACGACACCGACUGCUGGCGGCAGAAGAGCUUCAUUUGUCAGUGUUAAAAAGUUAAACCCUUCCCGCGCCAAGAUGGCGCAUGAGUUUAUUUGCAUACUGAUGAUUUG